AUGCAGCUCACCAAGACUCUCCUCUUCGCUCUCAUCGGCACGGCCUUCGCGGCUCCCACUGAGAAGCGACAAGCGUCCGUCAUCCAGUCUGCCGUCACCUCAGUCCAGGACGCCAUCACCAAGCUCGACACCGCCGUCAAGGGCGUCGGCGACGACAUCUCUACCGCGCAACCUGUCCUGGCCGCCGCCACCGACCUCCAGAAUGUCAUCACCAAGGCCGGGUCAGAUAUCGGGGCCUCCCAGCCCUUGCAGCUCCAGGAGGCUCUUGGCCUCCAGAACCUCGCCAGCCAGCUCCAGACCACGACCGGCACCCUGAUCGACGAUCUCAUCUCCAAGAAGGCCAACUUUGACAAGCUCGGCGUCUCCAAGGUCGUCCUCCAGAACCUCCAGCAACAGAAGUCCACCGUUCAGUCCCUCGGCACCUCUCUCAUCUCCAAGGUUCCCGCCAUCGGCCAGGGCAUCGCUCAGCAGGCCAUUGAUGGCGUCGGCGCCACCAUCGAUAAGGGAAUUCAAGCCUACUCGGGUUCCGCCGCUGCCGCCGCCGUCGACAGUGCUCCAGUAGCGGCUGAACCCGGCGAUAGUACCGCCGCUUCUCCAGCUGCUGCUCCCGCUACGCCCGAGUCGCCGGCCUCUGCCCCCAAGACCCCCGUCACUGCUCAGGAGGCUACCGAUGCUACCCCAGCCGGGGGCAUCGGGAGUUUGCUAGGGGGUCUUGGCGGCGCAGGCGGCGCAGGUGGACUUAGUCUUCUCGGAGGUCUCACGGGAGGUGCAGCUGGUGGUGCUGGCGGCACUGGCGGCGCUGGCGGCGCCGGAGGGCUCGGUGCUCUUCUCGGCCUUCUCGGCGGCGCUGGCGCUGGCGGCGGUGCGAAGGGUGGCGGUGCGGGUGGCGCUGGAGGGCUCGGCGCUCUUCUUGGUCUUCUCGGCGGUGGUGCGCCGAAGGGGAAGGUGGCGGAUGUGGCAGAGGCUGGGAAAUAA